AUGGGGGAACAGAAAUGUUCAUCUGUGAUCUUUGACAAUGGGUCUGGAUUAUGCAAGGCCGGCAUUGCUGGGGACAGUGCCCCAAGGUCAGUCAUCACAGCAAUCGUCGGGCGCUCAAAAGCCAAAGCUACGAUGCUUGGUGCUGGCCAAAAGGAAUUUUACAUUGGAGAAGAAGCUCAGUCCAAAAGGGGUGUCUUGUCAUUGAAUUAUCCCAUCGACCACGGCAUAGUGACAUCGUGGGAUGAUAUGGAGAGGAUAUGGAGGCAUGUCUAUGAGUGUGAGCUGAGAAUCAAAGCCAGUGACAGGCCAGUGCUCCUGACCGAGGCUCCAUUGAAUCCUCUCCAGAAUCGGGAGAGAAUGACAGAGAUCAUGUUCGAAAGUUUUAGGGUUCCAGCCAUGUACGUUGCUGUCCAGGCUACUCUGGCGCUCUAUGCAUCAGCACGUACCACUGGGAUAGUCAUGGAUAGUGGGGAUGGUGUCACUCACACGGUCCCUAUCUAUGAAGGCUACUGUUUGCCACAUGCCGUCUCCAGGUUGGACAUCGCUGGUAGAGAUAUCACUGAGUACUUCAUGAGGCUCCUUCUGGAGAGCGGGCAUUCCUUUGUCAGCACAGCUGAAAGAGAAAUAGUAAAAGAUAUUAAGGAGAAGCUCUGCUAUGUGGCUUUAGAUCCCAUCCAAGAAAUGAAAGCUAAGCCAGAAUAUCUUCUCAGGGAGUAUAAAUUGCCGGAUGGUAAUGUCAUCAGGAUUGGAAGUCAACUCUUUCGAGCCCCCGAAGCCCUUUUUGCACCCGGUAAUAUCGGUGUUGAUGCUCCUGGUGUGCACAAAAUGGUCUUCAACAGCAUCAUGAAAUGCGACAUUGAUGUGCGCAGAGAUCUUUAUGGGAACAUUCUCCUCUCAGGUGGAUCCACUUUGUUUUGUGGCUUGGACGAGCGCAUCCUGAAGGAAAUGCAGCUGCAAGUGCCGAUUGGAAUAUCAGUAAGGAUCAUUGCACCGCCAGAGAGGAAAUACUGUGUGUGGAUCGGGGCCUCCAUUCUGACUUGCUUGACAUCUUUCAGACAAAUGUGGGUCACCCUCAGUGAUUACAAAGACUUUGGCCCAGGUGUGGUUCACCGGAAAUGUUUUUAA